CGAUUUUCGACGAUCAAGCACAAAAACGAGCAAUUGAUCUUAUAUUGUAAAGAUGGGUAGAAUAAAGAAGAAGGGCGAGUCUGGAAACGCCAAAAACUAUAUUACACGAACACAAGCCGUGAAGAAACUUCAGAUCAGUCUUCCAGAUUUCCGAAAGCUAUGUAUAUGGAAAGGUAUCUUCCCGAGAGAACCUCGAAACAGGAAGAAGGCUUCCAAAAGCUCCACAGCCUCAACUACAUUCUACUAUGCUAAGGAUAUCCAAUACCUUUUGCACGAGCCCUUACUACAGAAGUUUAGAGAUCAGAAGGUCCUCGAAAAGAAGAUUUCUAGAGCGCUUGGUCGUGGUGAUGUUGGCGACGCAAGCCGACUAGAGAAAAAUGCUGCUAGACCUGAGAAGACGGGUAAACCGAGAUAUACCUUGGACAAUGUUAUCCGAGAACGAUACCCGACCUUCGUCGACGCUUUGCGCGAUCUCGACGACUGUCUCUCCAUGCUCUUCCUCUUCGCGAACCUGCCAUCCACAUCAACUGUUCCCGCCAAGAUGAUCGCACGAUGCGAACGGUUGUGCUUGGAGUUUCAGCACUACUUAAUCGUAUCCCAGAGUUUGCGCAAGUCUUUCUUGUCUAUCAAGGGUAUAUACUACCAAGCGAACAUUCAGGGCGAGGAUAUUCUAUGGCUUGCUCCAUACAAGUUCAACCAGCGGGUCGUAGGAGAUGUGGAUUUCAGAAUUAUGGGCACUUUUGUCGAGUUUUACAUGACCCUUUUGGGUUUUGUAAACUUUAGACUAUAUACCUCUGUUGGCUUGAAAUACCCGCCUAAAUUCGACCAAUCGAAAGACGAGAAAGCUGGUGAACUUGGCGCUUUCCAACUGGAAGGCAAUGCGGCUGCUAUUGCAAACGAAGCCCCUGCGCAAGUGACGAAUACCGAUGUCGCGGAAGCUGGACCAGAUCCAAAAACACAGGCUGAAGUUAAUAAACUCAUUAAGGAGAUGAGAGAAGUUGAUGUUGAUGGAGACCGAGUGGAGGGUGAAGCGGAUAAUGACGAAGCUACAACUGAUGCGAUCGACAAGUUUGAACCGGCCGCACCAGGUGGUGAUGUCCUGCCCCAACCUGCCCACUCGGGCACCGAGCCCGAAUCGUUGUUCGCGAAUUGCACAUUCUACUUAUCCCGAGAAACUCCAAGGCAGCCGUUAGAAUUCAUACUCCGUGCGUUCGGUUGCAAACGUAUUGGCUGGGAUGCCGUAUUAGGCGAGGGCGCAUACACCACGGACGAGCGCGAUCCAUCUAUCACACAUCAAAUUGUUGACCGUCCGGUCAUACAGGCUACCAUGCAAGAAGAGGGGGAUGGAGAGGACAAUCAGACAUCUCAGAAGCUCGAAGCCAACCAAAGAAUGCCCGGCCGAACAUAUGUACAGCCGCAAUGGAUUUGGGAUAGUAUAAAUGACGGCGAAAUGAAGCGACCAGACCUCUACGCCCCCGGAGCUUCGUUGCCGCCUCAUUUAAGUCCUUUCGUGCAAAACACCCAAGGAGCGUACGACCCAACGAUGCCGCUGGAGGAGCAACAAACCGAGGGCGAAGCACUAGAGGAUAGCGACGAGGAGGUCGACGAAGACGAGGAUGAGGAAAUGGGUGAUGACCUUGCUGUAAAGAGUAUGGAUGUUGUUGAAUCUGAUGAGGAGGAUGAAGAUGGAGAUAACGGCUCGUUCGGAGGCUUCUCCGAAGACGAGAAAGCAGCUAAGGGAGACGAUGCGAACGAGUCGGAUGAUGAACAAGCUGCCGAGCUACAAUACCAGCGAGAACUCGAAGCCGAAUUGACUGGCAAGCCGAUUAAACAAACCCCGUCAAAUCCUCAAGCCAAAGCCAAGGUGGAGGCAAGGAAGCGACUCGCGAAGCAAGCCAAAGAGGAGGCGGAAGACCUUGAGAGAGCAAAGGGAAUGCUUAGCAAAAAGAAGAGAAAGCUGUUCGAACAGAUGCAAUACACCAACAACAAGAAGAGUGCGGAGGACCAGAAGCUCAGAGAAAAGAGGAGAAAACUGGAGAAACAGAAGAACAAGGCAAAGGCGUAA